GACAUUGUACGCCAACUUGAUAGUGGACCAGCAAAGGCACAAGUCGCCAUGGCUACAUUCAGCACUCAAACAGAUAUACACUGGUAUCUGAACAGACAUAUGUCCAAACAGGAUUUGUUGGCUGCAGUGGGCAAUGUCCCCUACCAUUCGGGCAGUACACAUACAGGCGAUGCGCUGAAAGCUAUACGCGAACAAGUGUUCACUCAGUCACAUGGGGACCGGCAAUUGGCUAAGAAUGUUGUCAUUGUUCUAACUGAUGGCAAGUCGAACAAUAGACUUGAAACAAUCAAAGAGGCCCAGACGCUACAUUUGAUCAGCGAUGACGUCAUCAGUAUUGGUGUUGGAGCAGGUAUUGAUAUGAAGGAGAUUCAAACCAUUGCCACGGACAAUCACCACGUGUUCGACUUGCAAAGCUACAGCGCCUUGCAUACCAUAUCCAGUGACCUGAUGCGGAUUAUUUGUAAUGCUUGAAAUGAUGUUAGUCUGAAAACCGACCGUACUACAUGAUAGAAAACGCUUCUUUAUCAUUAGAAUGUGAAUGGUGACUAUUUCCGCAUUUCCCACUUCAGAUGAUUCGUUGCUACAAAACCACACAUUUUUGUCAUUUGAAAGUCAAACUUUUGUGUAUAACACCAGUUUAUGCGAUACAGGUGC